AUGGCCCGCUCUUCUUUACCCAACCGCCGCUCCAUGCUUUUCGAAGCGAACAAGAGAAAGACUAUAGCGCAUGCCCCAUCUCCCACUCCUUCGAAUGGAAAGCAUCCUGUUCCGCCGCCCAUCUGUAACAAUAGUAAUAGUAAUGCCAUUUCAGAAUCGAACAUCCACGUAUACGUAAGAUGCAGAUCGCGCAACCGAAGAGAAAUAGAAGAAAAAAGCAGUGUAGUACUUUCUACGCUGGGACCCCAGGGAAAGGAAAUCAUUCUCUCUAACGGCUCUCAUCAAUCAUACUCAUCCUCCAAGAAGACUUACCAGUUCGAUCAGGUAUUCGGCGCGGAAUCUGACCAGGAAAUGGUGUUUCAUGCCACGGCAAAAAACUACAUCAGAGAAAUGCUGCACGGCUACAAUUGUACGAUAUUCGCAUAUGGUCAAACGGGGACUGGUAAAACAUAUACCAUGUCCGGCGACAUAAACAUUCUCGGCGACGUACAAUCUACUGAGAAUCUGCUACUGGGGGAACAUGCAGGCAUCAUACCGCGUGUUCUGGUGGACCUUUUCAAAGAAUUGAGCUCGCUAAACAAAGAAUAUUCUGUCAAAGUAUCCUUUUUAGAGUUGUACAACGAAAAUUUGAAAGAUUUGUUGUCUGACAAUGAGGACGAUGAUUCAGCGGCAAACGACUCCAAGAAGCAGAUUCGCAUUUUCGAUAAUAAUAACAACAAUUCGUCCAUCAUGGUCAAGGGAAUGCAAGAAAUCUUCAUAAACUCAGCCCAUGAAGGCUUGAAUCUAUUAAUGCAGGGCUCUUUAAAAAGGAAAGUGGCCGCUACUAAAUGUAAUGAUCUCUCUUCAAGAUCUCACACGGUCUUCACCAUCACCACAAAUAUAAUAGAACAGGACAGCAAGGAACACGGGCAGAAUAAAAAUUUCGUUAAAAUCGGUAAGUUGAAUUUGGUAGAUUUGGCUGGCAGUGAGAACAUUAACAGAUCAGGUGCGGAAAACAAAAGAGCUCAAGAAGCUGGACUGAUUAACAAAUCACUGUUGACUUUAGGUCGUGUGAUUAACGCACUCGUAGAUCAUUCUAACCAUAUCCCCUAUAGGGAGUCUAAGCUAACAAGACUGUUACAGGACUCUCUAGGUGGUAUGACCAAAACGUGCAUUAUUGCCACUGUAUCGCCUGCCAAAAUAUCCAUGGAAGAGACCGCAAGCACGCUGGAAUAUGCAACAAGAGCCAAAUCAAUCAAAAAUUCUCCGCAGGUAAAUCAGUCUUUAUCAAAGGACACAUGUCUCAAAGACUAUAUUCAAGAGAUUGAAAAAUUGAGAAACGACUUGAAAAAUUCAAGAAACAAACAGGGCAUAUUCAUCACUCAAGACCAAUUGGAUCUUUACGAAAGUAAUUCCAUACUGAUUGAUGAACAGAAUUUGAAAAUCCACAAUUUACGGGAGCAGAUUAAAAAAUUUAAAGAAAAAUACCUAAAUCAGCUGGAUAUUAAUAAUUUUUUACACUCAGAAAAGGAAAAAUUGGUAAAUAUAAUACGAAACUUCCAUGUCGAUUUUUCCAAUUUCAAUCUGGAAAUCCGGAAAAUCCACCGUUCCAACCUUGAAGUAAUGACUGAAAUUACCCAACAAAGAGAUUUAUCACAGGACAACUCUCAAAGGCAGUAUACUACCAACCAAAAUUUGCAACUGGAAAUAUCCAACCAAGUAUUACAGACUUUAGGCACUUUACAAGAUUCUUUGAUGAACUAUAACUCAAAAUUUUCACAAGUUAUUAGUGGCGUCACUAAAGAAUUAUCCCUGAACGUAAACUCUCAUAAAGUGAAACAUGAUUCUACAGUCGAAUCAUUGUUCAAUACCACCGCUAACUUAUUGACAGUAAAAAUGAACGAUCUAGUUAACAGUGUUUCACAUUCAUUGGAAAGUAUUCGAAAUGAUUCUUUAUCACACUAUAAUAAAGACUUGAAUGAGAUAUAUCAAUCGCACCAACGGUUUUUAAGUAAGUUACAAAAUGACAUCAAAAGCUGUCUGGAUUCAAUAGGCAGCUCAAUCCUAAAUUCCAUAAACGAAAUAUCAGAAACUUGCACCACAAACUUGAAUAGUAUGAACGACUUAACAAACCACCAUCAAUCAGUAGCAACAGAGCUGAUUGAAAAGCAGCAUUUACAAAUCGAAAAAUUAAAGAAUGAAUUACUCAAUGAGCGUAAAAUUUCGAACCACUUUAACAAACAGUCAACCAGAUUAAAGGAGUAUUUUAAAAAUCAUGUAUCCAGGACCCGUACUGAACUUCAUGAUGAAUUUAACGAAUUUAUAAGCAGCUUAAAGGAGAAACAAUCCAAAUUAGAUCAAAACAUCUGGCAAAAGGCAGAAUCCAUUUUCAAUGAAACCGGUGAAGAAGUCAAUGCAAUUCAUUCCAGUUCAAUAAACACUUUAACAGAAAAUGCCGAAACCAUCUUACAAACGGUCUCUCACAACAGUACAAUUUUCACGAAGGAUUUAACUUGUCUAUCAGAAGAAAUGAACAUAAAUAUAUCUUCCAAACUGAAGAGCUUACCCAUUGGUAAAUUUUUAAAUAAGAUAUCUCAAACUAUUUGCGAAAGUUGUGGUAAUAAUUCGUCAACAGCCGACCCGAUACUAAUUUCUAUCAAAAAUUUUCAAAAUGUAAUACUUUCAGAUAUUGAACUAACAAACGAAAAGACGUUAUCGUUGAUUAAUGAAAUAUUGUCGCAAACAAAAAUCAUAUCCGAUAAAAACAACGUCGAUCUAACCAUAGUAAAUGAGAAUUUUAAUUCUUUAUGCAGUUUUAUUUUAAAUGAUUACAAAGAGAACAUAAUGCAAAUCUCUAAGACACAAGACGAUGUACUUUCUGGUCAUUGCGAAAAUCUGAGAUCGGUAAACAGACAGGGAAUGAAAACCAUUACUACUCACAACAUAGAAAAACCUGUUAAUAUACAUCUACAGCCUGAAUCAACAGUGAUCAAAGUUUUGCCUGUACUGGAAUACCCAAAACAGUUUCAAAUUUACAGAGACGCUGAAGGCAACAACAGGGACGAUACAAUGAAGUCGCAUUUGAACGAACCAAACUCUUAUGCAGGAGAAGACCUCGUUGCAUCACAGGCUAGUCCGAAGACUCCAGUCCCUGUACCUGACCAACCUUUACCAAAGGUGCUCGUACCAAAAAGCAUAAACUCUACGAAAUCCAAAAGAUCAAAAACUUUACCAACUUCAGUUGAUACUGAACAGGAGUCACGGAAUAACUUAAAGAGAAGAUUCACCAUGGAACCGAUAGUAAAAGAUAAAGAAAUUAAAAAUGAUGGCACUAAGAAAAUCCAUCAAUAA